GCGGGCACUGGGUCAGACAUUGGAUCGUCUGACUGGACAGCGGGCACUGGGUCACCAGGCAUCAGGUCAUUUGGCUUGACAGCGGGCACCGCGUCAUCCGGCAAGGCAGUGGGCUCCGAGUCAACUGGUAUGACCGCGGGCACUGGUCAGACAUUGGAUCGUCUGACUGAACAGCGGGCACUGGGUCACCAGGCAUCAGGUCAUUUGGCUUGUCAGCGGGCACCGCGUCAUCUGGCAAGGCAGUGGGCACCGGGUCACCAGGCAUUGGAUCGUCUGGCUCGACAGCGCGCAUCGGGUCACCAGGCAUCAGGUCAUUUGGCUUGCCAGCGGGCACCGCGUCAUCUGGCAAGGCAGUGGGCACCGGGUCACCAGGUAUGACAGCGGGCUCUGAGUCAAUUGGCACAACAGCGGGCACUGGAUCAGGUACCGGAUCAUCUGGAUCAACAGCGGGCAUCGAGUCAACUGGC